UCGAAUUCGCGUAAAACGGGGUAGCGUAAGUCGGGGUAUUACUGUACUUACACCACCACAGCCACUGAAACCAUUGUUUGAUAGAAGUGAUCCCGAUUCUAGCCAUUUUCUUCAACACAUCCUUGAAUACAAUAACUGCUUUCGCAUGACUUCCUUUGGAGCUAAUAUCAUUCGAGAAGACGGAUUCAUGCCGACUUGCAAGAUACAAGGACAAAUAUAUCAUUUGCAUGGUUCAAUGGUGCCAAGACCAGAUGAAUCAAUCAUCAAUUUCUGCAAAUAUAUUUCAUUUCGUCGAUGGUGGAUCAGCUGAAUGUGCGGUGCAAUAUACAGGGAACACAACAGUUAAAGAGACAAAUUAUUGAACAGUUACAAGCAUUUUUCCACCAAUAAUAACACAAAUAUGUCAUAAGAGCGGAUUGUUCCCCAACAGGUGAACAUGUGCGAAGAUUCAAUGCACCAACCGUUAAUGAUGUUGCUGCAAUUAUUGUUGGCGAUCUAACUAAAUCGCGAGACAUUGUCGUUCAGCGAAGAAGCAAUAUCAUGCAUCGUGUAAACGAGACACAUCGUUUGUACGAUGCGUUACAAUAUCCAAUCAUUUAUUGGCAAGGGCAGGACGGAUACGGCAUCACGUUGAAGUUGGUCGAUCCAAUUACAGGCGUAUCAACGAAUAAAAAUCUAAGCGCAAUGAAUUACUAUGCAUAUCGUAUGAUGAUUCGUACAAAUGAGGAGAAUGUCAUUCUGAAGUGCUGCCGGCUAUUCCAACAAUUCGCUGUCGACAUGUAUGUCAAAGUCGAGACCGAACGUUUAGCGUUCAUCCGAUUCAAUCAGGCAAAGCUACGAUCUGAGGACUAUAUACACUUGCGUGAUGUUAUUCAUUCAUAUGGUGAUGUUCAGAAUAUUGGACUUAUGACGAUUCUCCCAUCAUCUCAUAUCGGAAGCCCACGCCACAUGCACGAAUACGCUCAAGACGCUAUGACGUACGUGCGAAAUUAUGGAACUCCGGAUUUAUUUAUUACGUUAACAUGCAAUCCGAAGUGGACGGAAAUUGAACGUGAGUUGGAACGGGGCCAAAAACCGCAAGAUCGCCAUGACAUAAUCGCCAGGGUAUUUCAGCAAAAUCUAAAGGUUAUGAUGGAUGUUCUGAAAUCUUGGAUUUCUAAGCAGGUUAGCGAUCCAAAGAACUGUCGUUAUGGACUAGCUCGUAAUGAAGACUACAGUAAAUUCUAA